UAUAUAUCUGCACCUCAUUGAUGAAACAAACAUGGAAUGGAAAAGAUCGACGGGAGAGAUCGAUCGAUUAACUGAUGAACGAACCCUGCCCAAAAAUGACUUCUUUCAAAUUUCUUAUAUUCCUUUCGUCUCUCUUCGUGAUUUCGUUGCUUAGCCUUGCCAGUGGCAAUGAAGCAGCACCCACUUACAACUAUAACUUUUGCUCAGUGCCAGGCGAAAACUUCACCGCCAACAGCGCCUACCAAUCCAAUCUCGACCUCGUCCUCUCUUCUCUUUCCUCUAAAGCCACUCCGGUCACUGGGUUCUCCAACGCCUUCGCUGGCGAGGUCUCCGGGCUAUUUUUGUGCCGUGGCGACGUCAACACCAGUGUCUGUCAAGACUGCGUUGCCCACGCAGCCAAAGAGAUACUACAACGCUGCCCCUUUCUGAUGGGGGCUAUAAUAUGGUACGACGAGUGCUUGUUACGUUACUCCAACUUCCCCAUCUUCUCCACCAUUAACUACCAUCCCGCGAAAAUCCUGGAGAACCUGCAGUUUAUCGAAGAGGCAGAGAGAGACCGCUUCGUCGGGUUGAUGGACAGCACAUUGGAUUCGUUGGCGACCCGUGCGUCGAAUUCUGUGAGAGGAAAGAAGUUUGCGACGAAGGAAGUGGAAUUCAACAGUUCACUGGCGGCGUCACAGACGCUGUACAGCCUCGUGCAGUGCACGCCGGACCUGAGUGUGUCCGAUUGCUAUAAAUGUCUCCGACGCGCCAUAGGAAAUCUUCCUUCCUGCUGUGAUGGAAGACAAGGCGGAAGGGUUCUGCUACCAAGUUGUAAUAUUAGAUUUGAAGUGAGCCCAUUUUACAACGUCACAGCUGCUUCGCCUGCAUUUCCUCCUCCUCCUCUUCCUCCUCCUCCAGGAGGAAGCAAAAUGUCGUCGCUGAAAAUUGUCGCCAUUGUUAUCCCAAUUGCUGUGAUCUCUGUGGUUCUUUUCUUCAUUGCCUAUUCCUUCCUUCGGAGGAGACCAAAGAAGAAACACUACACUUCAUCCGAAGAAAAUGAUCCUGUCAACCGAAGACAAUUAAAUUGGUCAAUACGCUACAAGAUCAUUGGAGGAAUAGCUCGUGGGAUUCUUUAUCUUCAUGAAGAUUCUCGAAUUAGAAUUAUCCAUCGUGAUCUCAAAGUUAGCAAUAUUUUGUUAGAUGACAGUAUGAAUCCAAAGAUUUCAGAUUUUGGCUUGGCAAGGAUAUUUGUAUUGGAUCAAACUCAAGGAAAUACAAGUAAAAUUGUUGGAACAAAUGGUUACAUGCCUCCAGAAUAUGUUAUACAUGGCCGAUACUCCGUAAAAUCAGAUGUUUUUAGCUUCGGAGUUUUAAUGUUAGAGAUUAUAAGUGGGAAGAAGAACAGCUCUUUUUAUCGAUCAGAACUUGCUGAGGACCUGCUGAGUUAUGCUUGGAAACAAUGGAGGAGAGGUACACCCUUGGAAUUGUUGGAUCCCACAGUGAGACAUUCUUGUUCGAGAAAUGAGGUCGUUAGGUGCAUCCAAAUGGGCUUAUUGUGCGUUCAGGAAGAUCCAGCAAACCGACCAACAAUGGCGACAAUAGUUCUCAUGCUUAACAGUCACUCUGUUACGUUGCCAUUACCAAAGCAGCCAGCAUUUUUACAUCCAAGUGGAGCAAAGCCGAACAAGCCAGUAGACCUGCAGUCUGAUCAAUCUAUAAGCCCAUCAGUUAAUGAAGCAUCAUUUACUGAAAUAUACCCUCGAUAGUUUGCUGUUCUUUGAAAUCAGUAUAUGUUAGUAAGUUGUGGAACUCUUUAGCAUAUUUUUCCUUAUAUGUAAUUUGUAUUAUGAAUAUAUGGAUACAGAGUAUGAAUUGUGGAGUGUAACGAACGUAUGAAGUGAUUGAGAUGGAAAUGUAUGGAAUUGAAUGAAUGAAAGAUAUAAAUAAUAAGGCUAUUCGAGGUGCUUGGCCUCGAA